AUGAGUGACAAGAAUGGGAGAAGUGUGUUGGAGAGAAAGCCCAGAUUAGCUAGAUUUGCGCAAGCAACCUCUGUCCUCUUUUCCCUUCCUCUCCUCACCCUCAUCAAUCACCAUAAUUCCAUUCAGUUUGGCAUGGUUGGUGUAAAGGCGAAGACAGUACGUAACUGA